GGAAGACUUCGGUCAAUAUCUGCAUGAAUACCGUUAUGAGAUCGCAAAGUAGGGCCUAGGCUCCGAGGGGGAAUGUAACUCGAGCGGAUACGUAACUCAACCGUUCCCAGACUCUAGCUGUUAGAAUGUUACGCUCUGUCGCCGCUGGCAUCUGAGUCCAAUCUUACUUCUUCGCCCACCCAGUACCUCAUCCCCAGACCAUACUCGUGGUCUAGACGCGUGUAUCGCUCACGGCUUCCAUCCGUGCACUGGUGAUGGCACCAUGGACGCUCGAGACCCUGGUCACCUUCCUUUUCGAAGCUCACGAGAACCUCAGUUCCUAUGGCGGGCUGGAUGGACUUCCAUAGUCCUCAUUCUUAGGCUCGGCUGUCCCCUAUUCACUCGCCCGAACCCCCUGUCUAUACCCAACGUUCUCUUAUCCGUCUCGGCCUUCUCAUCUACCUCCCCUUCUAUAAUUAUAUAAAGUAUGAUCGACCACCAUCUAGCGAUAGAGGACGAUCAUCUCCCUAACCAUUAUUCACCUUACCCAUAGUCUAUACAGCUGGUCUAUGACUUACAUUCCUUUUUACCCAAUCUAGUUGUUACAGCUACAAGUGUACAUAUUUUCGACACGACGUCAUACUAUACUAUACUAUCUAUCCCUACCCAGCUGUAUAAGAAGUCUAUCCUUAAAUACAUACAUACAAUAUGUCUAUCAAAUUCCUCGCAUCCGCGCUAGCCAUAGCGGCGUCGACGGUGUCGACAGUCUCAGCCGAGGGCGCGCCGGGGUACUCAGGGUUCAACACAGUAUGGGCGGAGACCUUCGACGGGUCGGCGGGAACCAGCGUGAACGGAAACAACUGGAACAUCAUCACAAACCUGCACGUCAACAACGAAGUACAGACCUACACCUCAUCCACCAACAACCUACAACUAAGCGGUGGCGCCACCGUGCAAAUCGUGCCUCGAAAGGACAGUUCCGGUGCCUGGACCUCAGCCCGCAUCGAGAGCAAGUACUCCUUCACACCCCCCGCAGGCGCGCAGACAAUGGCCGAAGCCAAGCUCCGCUUCGGCGACAACGCCAUCGCGAAUAAACAAGGAAUCUGGCCGGCCUUCUGGCUCCUAGGCAGCUCAGUAAACAACGGCGUCGCCUGGCCCGCGUGCGGCGAACUCGACGUCAUGGAAACCGUAAACGGUAUCCUAACAGGCCACGGCACGGCCCACUGCGACGUGUACCCAGGCGGCGUAUGCAACGAGCCCAACGGUCUCGGCGCCACCGUAGGUAUCCCCGAUCAAAGCUGGCACAACUGGCGAAUUGUCUGGGAUCGCCGGGCGAAUACUUGGACUGGUGAGACGAUCACUUGGUACAUGGACGGCGCACAAUUCCAGCAGAUCUCCGGUGCUAGCAUUAACAACCAGAAUGUCUGGAACUCGCUUGCUGCGUCGUCGGUGUACUUUAUUCUUAAUGUGGCUGUUGGUGGUGACUGGCCCGGCCCACCGAACGCCAACACCCAAGACGGCUACGGCAGCAUGAUGGAAGUUGCCUACGUCGCACACUACCUUUCCACAUAAGGAGGCAGUUAUUUUCGAACGGAGUUAAGUGGAUGGGUGGGAUGAGGUGCGUGGAGUUUUUGGAUGGGAUAGGGAGGCAUGAGCAUUGGUUUGACGGAUUCUUCGUCCUUCGCUACACUGAACAUUAUUUUGGCAUUUACUUUUGCGAUACCUGCAUACCAUUCGCUUCCUGUACAUACUUGCGAUAUCUUGUAUAUAUCAUGCAAAUCACGAGCUAUUUAUCUCGA